AUGGAACCUGACAACCUGCAGAGACAAAGUCCAGCUCAGAACAUCUCCCUUUCCUACAGCGAGUUCCUCCUCUUCCCCUUUCCCGGAGUCACAAGUCACAGACAUCUCCUGGUUGCCCCGUUCUUCUCCAUCUACAUCGCCAUCGUUGUCCUAAACUUGGUCAUUUCUUACACGGUCUGGUGGGAGAAGAGUCUCCAUACCCCCAUGUACGUUCUCGUCGCUCUUCUCCUGGCCCUAAAUAUCAUCGGCACCACUGCCGUCAUACCCCUGAUGAUACAGAGCCUGCUGGGACAAAACAAGGUCUCCUUACCAGGCUGCCUGUCCCAGAUGUUCUUUGUCUACUCCGCUACCAUGUUCAAGUCCGUCGUGCUCCUGUUGAUGGCCUUUGACAGGUAUAUAGCGAUCUGUAGACCACUACGCUACCACACCAUUAUCAACCAGAGCUCUCUGACCCAGCUGUGGGUGGUUGGCUUGGCUAGGAAUUGUCUCCUUGUGUUACUAGUUGUUGUUCUGGCGUCGAGAGUCCAGUACUGCAAAUCCACCAUCCUGAACUUCGUGUGCGAGUACGGGGUGCUGCUCAGCUUGGCCUGCGGAGAAGUCUUCAAAAUCCACAUGGUGGGUGUGAUGGUGAGGAUGGGAGUUACCUCCUCGGAUGUCACUGUCCUCUUGGUCUGCUAUGUGAAAGUUCUCAGGACGGCCCUGAAAAUCGCAGCUGGUAGUGCCCGAGGCAAAGCCUUGAACACGUGUGGGAACCAUCUGCUCGUAGCACUCAUUGUGUAUUCAUGUGGGAUUCUGUCCUCCAUCUUGUACAAGGUCGAGGAGGCAGUUUCAUAUGACUUUCAGAACCUCUCCAGUGCAAUCUACUUCUUGUUUCCGGCUCUAACAAACCCGAUUAUUUAUGGGUUACGGGUCACUGAAAUUAAAGACUCUUUGAUGAAGUCGUGGAAAAAGCAACUUUCAGUCAAUUUGAAUAAUGUCUGA